GCGGUGAAUUUGUAGUUUGUUUUGAUGGCUUUUGUCUACUGUUGCUCCCAUACAGUGUGUCAUUUGUUGAUGCUGGUAUUUCGUAAUUUACGCAUUAUUUUAUGUAUAGGCGGCUAACCGCGUUGUAAAUAAUUGUUUAACUCGGUGUAAAGUUAUUGAUUAAAUAGAGUUUGUUGCUGCAAGCUGGUUAGACUUCGCAGAUUGGUGUGAAAAAGGCUUGUUGCAUGAGAACGUGAGAAUUAUUAUUAUUUAAAAAAACAUGCACUGAUACCAUCUGCAGUUCAUAUGCUUGCAUGCACACCAUGAAAACCGAAAAAAAAAAUAUAAUAAGGGAAUACCAAUUCAAUUAAAUAUUAGAUUUUUAACGCUGAGCGCACUUUCUGUAUUAUUGGUAUUUACCAAAACACAAUAAAAUCGCUAUCGAGAAGUUUGUGCUGCGUCACGUUUACCCUUAUUCUUUGUUUACCCUUGAAAUGAAGCGAAAACAAGAACAAAAACAGCGAAAUAUACAUAUAUGCAAGUACGCAAUGCUCGUGCAAUGUAGUCAUAUCAGCGCAGCGACGACAGCAAUUACCAUUACCUGAAUAUGUAAUUAUCCUUAAAAGCAGCCAACCUUUUUCGUUUGCUUUGUUCCUCCCUGCUUGCAACGUAGCGGCCACCAUUAGGGACGACAUAACGAGUUUUCUUCAUGGUGGUUACUUUUUUUCAUACCUUGUUAUUGUUCGUCGCGCCAUAUGCGUUACAGCAUGUUUUUUUGGUAUAUUCAUUUAAUUUACCUUAAUCGGACAAUCGUCAAGCGUGCGUUUAGUCAGUUAUUGAAUAACAGCCGAAAAGCAAAAAUCGAGAAGUGAAAAUGAAUAUUAACAAUUUUGAGUAAACGCUUGAAUGUGUAAAAAUAUUUGUAUGAAAAAUUGUGCUAGCUACAUGGCAAUUAAAAAUAAAAUUAUCCUAACUAUAUAAACAUAAAUUCAAGUAAAAUGAAACACGACAAAAAAGUGCAAAGCAUUAUUUAUGCAAAUUAACUUAUAAUUGAAAUUCGUGACAGCAAUAAAAAUUUGCUUUAAAAUUGAAGGUAAAGUGACGAUAAAGUGUAAGCAAACAAAAUACAAAUAAUAAAUUAUAUAAAAAAAAUAAAUCUAUAAAAAUGAAAACGAACAGGCAGCAAAGCGCGUUGAAUAAAUACGAAAUGAGAAUUAAGCAAAGCAAUAAAAGCAACGUAAAAUUAAUGAAACUAUAACACCAGAAAUACCAAUUGAGUCCAUAAGCAUUGAAAAAUAUUGAAAAAACAAAUAACGUAUAAAAAUUAUAAACCGCAGGCUGUGCUGACAUUUAAAGCGAUUUAUAUGCAUAAAACAAGCUGAAAAGUAGCACUAUAAAAUUUUGUGUGUGUAUAUACAAUGCAUAUGUGUGUGCGCGUGUUUGUUGCGUGUGUAUCUACAGCAUCAAUAAAUAAUAAAUUCAUAAGUGAAUGGCUAUAAAAGCAGCAAAAAAUCGGUAAAAUAAAUGAAUGACAACAACAAUAAUAGUAAUUAUAAUUAAGCAGAUAUUAUGGCUGCUCUCGACUGGCGUUUUUAUUAUUGUUGCAAUUGUUAAAACUCGCUGCUUUUCUAUAUAUGGUUUUUUUGUUGUUUGCAUUUAAAGGUGUUUCUUCGCAAAACCUAUAUAACUACAAAUAUAGCGUAUGCCCCCAAUCCGAACUCGAAAAACAUUUACCAAAAUUCCAGAAAGCGCUCAAUAAACGCUUAAACAAAAUCUCAAAGCCCAAAAAAGAAAUAUGGUCAAAAUGUGAGGCAAAGAAAAGCAAAAACAAACAAGUUAAGAUCUCGCUAAAAAAUGCAUAAACGCAAGAGAGCAAAGUGAAAAGAAACAUUAUUAACAAAAAAAAACGUAAACACAGUGUAUAAGAGAGAGCGAGAGAGUGAGAGAUAGAAAGAGAAAGAAGCAAAACCGACAGAAAACAGUGGUGGAGUAGCGGCGAAAUUCGCUAAGAAGACCCAGUCCUUGUGCCGUCAGCCAUUCAGGCGUACAGCGUCUCGGUUUACCGUCCCUAGAGAUUGAACGCAUGCAACUGUGGGACGUGUACGUAGAUAUAUCAAAAGCAACAACAGCAAAUAACAACGAGCUGUCAUAACGUUGAGACGACUAAGAUGCAAAGAAAAGUAGCAACGACGAUGUGAGGCGUCCCGAUUUUAGAGCAAAGAAAAUUCGAGCUAAAGGUAGCAAUAACAACAACAAAAAGCAGAAGCGGUCGGUCAACGUGCCUGCAACAAUAGUGAAACGAAAAGAAAAAUACAACAAACAAGCGUACAAUUUUCGGCGUGUGAGAGCGCGAGCAGAGCGGUCAGCAGAAACACACGACGCCACUAUAAAAGUCAGCGUGCUUAUACUCACACCUCAGCUGCAGCUGCAACAACGGUGAGGAAAAUUAAUUUUUUCCCCUAAACGUUGCAUCGCAUAAAAGCAGGUAUUGUUUGCUACAAAACUAGGGUGAGGUGAGAGCACGAGCAGCCAAACUAUCGACGUGUCAAAGCCGAUAAGAAGACAGCGUGUUAGAGAGGGAGAGCGCGUGCCAUAUACGAAAAGUGCAUACAAACCCAUUGGGGAGAGGCGAAGCGAACGCAGUAAGAGAGCGUUACUGAGAGAUAGAGAGAGAGAGAGAGAGUGCGUGUGAGAGGAAGUUGUUAAACUAGCAAGCCUUGCAACGAGAGCAGCUUGCCACAACUGGAACUGUUUUUAGUUGCACCGCGCGCGUGUAUUUGUAACGACGGGUGAUGUGGGUACACAACAAUUGCAACAAAAACGAAUAGUCGUCAGGCUGGUUGCAAGCAAAAGGUGGUCACACAAGUCAAAAACAGCAUACGAACCAAACAAGCAAGCAACGAACGACUAAAUAACAAACCGCCACUCAAUAAGGAAGCAGCGCGCGGCAACACAACACACCAAACAAAAAGGUGCAAAAGAAAAACAAUUAAGCCAGCUGUCGGCUAAUACCCUGCGCUGUAAACGAAACACGCACACACAUACACUUACAGAAGUAUUUACAUACGCACGACGGCAACACUACACUUUACACCUUUUAUCCUCCACAUAGUGGAGUGGAAAAUAGACUUAGCUGACGGAUUGACUGAAAAGUGUAGCACAGCAGAAUAGUUUUUGUUUCUGAGGCGCGUGCACACGCAAGGAAUUGCAGCAGAAACGUGUCGGUUGUGUUACGAAUGAAAUUAGCGCCCAAACGGGGUGGAUAAAUCUGCGAGUAGUGAGCAAUUGCACACAGGGACGUGACGCACAAAUCCCUGCAGUGCGCUAAAACCGAUAAAAAAGCGUUAAAAAAGAAAUAUAACUACAACAGCACAAACGUAUGGUGGGCGGUUUACAGUUAUUGCUGACGCAUUCGCAAAUGCAAAUUUCAUACGAGUAUUAUUAUUAUGGGCCGCUCCAAGUUUCCCGGAAAACCGUCCAAGUCGAUUAAUCGUAAGCGCAUCAGUGUAUUACAAUUAGAUGACGAUGCGUCGACGGCGGCGGCGACGGAGCCGGAGGAUGGUGUAAGCGCGUCGGCAACGACGUGUGUUGGUGGUGAUAAGCGCGGCGGCGGCGGCAAUUGUGAUGACGACGAAGAUGGACACAAUAAGAAGGGUGGUGGCCCCGGAAGCGGUGGCGGUAUCGGCGGAGGCGGCGGCAACAGCCAAGCCGGUACAAGCGGUGGCGCUGGUGGUGGUGGAGGCGGCGGCGCACGCAAUGGCCGAAAUGUGAAUGGCAACAGCAGCGCCGCCAACAACGGCAGCAGCAACGGGGCAAGUGGCAGUAGUGGCGCUAGCGAUAAUGUUACCACACACAAACAAUGCGCUGGUGCGAAAAACACUACUGAGACGGCAGUGAAGAGAGCAGCGCUGACUGCUGUGAGCGGCAAUAAAGGCAAAAGUAGGAGCAGCAAUCGUGGCAAAAGCAAGCACAAGGAUACAACAGAUAAAAAGCUUGCAACUGCACUUGAUGACAACAAACAACGCGAUGAAAGUGCAGAUAAAGCAGACGAUGAAACGCGCGCAACGCGCCAUACAACAGCAGCCAAUGAUAAAGUUGAUGCUGAUUGCACGAUGACUGUGGCAGCGCAUAAUGCGAAUAAACAGCAAGCUGCUAUAAAGACAAUGCCGACCGAAGAUGACGAUAAGAUGAAUGCGAACACAGCAGAUAUGCAGGAGUAUGCUGAAAUUAAUGAGAAUGAUGGCUGUGAUGUUGAUGGCGUUGCCAAUGAUGAAGACGAUAUCGACGAGGAUGAGUAUGAGGAUGACAAUGCAUCGUCUACUAGUCGCAAAUCACAGCUAUCUGGCUGCUCAACAGCCUCCACGACAAACUCCUCCGCCACCAUUACAACCAUCAACAGCAGCAGCACAACGACGGUGGCAUUGGCAUUUAGUCGCAGCAAGCGUGAUGGUAAAUUUAAAAACUUGAAUCUUGCCAAACCCGAGGUGAUGUUGCCUUCAUCGGCUAAAUUACGGCAACUACAAAAGCAAAAUCAACUUAAUUGCGCAUCACCGCCAACAACAGCGAAUGCUAGCAGCAGCGGUGGCAACAACAAUAACACACUAACAAGCUGCAAUAAUAAAAGUACAACAGCGUUACCCGCAGCGACAACACCGCAUCGCAUCUCGAAUCCCUUCGCUGUCGCUGGCAAACUUUGUGCGACGACAAACGACACGGAUGACGACGAUGCAUCGUGUAUCAUGGCCGUUGAUGCGGUAAUAAAUGGCAAUGGUGUGGGCACAACUACUACUGCGCAAAACGGUGACAGUAGCGUUGGCGAUAGUGGUGGUGGUGUUGGUGUUGCUGCCGGUGUAGAAGACGGUUGUGCUGACAACGAAGACGCUGCAGUGAAACCCAACACGACGAAUGAAAUGCCUACAACCAGCUGCAGCAGUAGCCAAAGGCCCAGUGAUAGUACGACCACAGCAGCAAUAGUAGCCGGCAACAACAGUAUUGGUGAGUCAGCCACUUCAGCCACAACGUCAAGCGGCAAAGACAGCAGCAAAGCAACCACAAGCACAAGUAGUGCAGCAGCAACAGCGGUCGUUGUUAGUAGUGUAUGCUCCACAACGUCCACGCCAUCAACCGUGUCAACGUCAUCAUCAUCGUCGUCAUCGUCCUCGUCGUCUUCUUCCUCAACCGCAUCGGGUGGCAAGCAGAAAAAGACCGUCACAUUCAAGAAUAUACUCGAGACGAGCGAUGAUAAGAGCGCUGUGAAGAAGUUCUACAAUCCCGACAACCGCACACCGCUCAUCUCGAUCAUGAAGAAGGAGUGCAUGAAUAGACCGUUAUUGUACUCACGCAGCGGCGAAUGCAUUGUACGACCGUCGCGCCUAACCGAGAUACUUAAAAACAAUUCCAACAUCGACAAACUGAAUUCCUUAAAAUUCCGCUCCAGUCACACAAUUGUUAGUAGUGGUGUAGCAACAACAACAACAACUUCACUGAGUGGUGCCGGAGCUGUUGGUGGCCACGCUGUCGGUAUGGGCUCGUCAACGACCGCAACAAUGGCAUCGGUGUUCGGCGGUACGGCACUUGCUUGUGCUUUUGGUGCACCAGCUGCCUUUGCCGAUGACCGCAAGCAUGACACAGUGGCCUUUAGGCUAAGCGAGACCAGCAAGCAGACCGCAAACGAUAUAAAUCCCAAGCGUGAGCAUGGCGCAGAGGGCGCUGAUUACGUGUGCGGCAAUAGCGCUGCGUCUAACGGUGCACACGAAUUUAUGGCGGAGAGGCUAACUGGCGAUUUCGAGCGCGAUGAUGUCGACAAUGAGAACGUCAAAGCUGCUGAGGAGGAAGAUGAAAUUGUAGAGGAGGAAGACGAGGAAGAGGAGCAACAAAUUGUGAUGGACAAGCAUUUUGUGCUACCGAAGCGCAGCACACGCUCCUCGCGUGUCAUCAAACCGAAUAAAUGGUUGUUGGAAGAUGGCAUCAUUUGCAAGAAGGUGUCACAUGCAAAGACGAAACAAAUGCACGCAACCACAACAGUGACGGCGGCGUCAACAACAACAGCAAAUAACAGUGGCGGUGGCGUUGCUGCAGCGAAGAAGGAGCAACAAAAUUAUUUCGGCUUGGGUGACUAUGCGGAGACAGGCAACGCCGCUGGCGAUACUUUGGGUAUCAAAAGCAGCAAGGAUAGCAAGAGCACAGGCUUCGGCGCAACCACAUUCGGUACGAAUUUUAGCUCACUGAAAGCGAAUAGUUUUGUUUUGCGUCAGCCACGUUUGCAAUUCGACUCGCUCGCCGAACGUAAUGCCACAGCGACAAUGACAAAAUCCUUAAAUAAUCCAGCAACAACACCGUUGUCCAUAUCUGUGCCGAAGACACCGCCAGCAAUGUUGGGUUUGAAAUCUUCAUUAUCCAGUAACACAGCUGGCAGCACAUUUGGCAUGAGCAGUGUCAAUAAUUUGUUGGGCAAAAGCUCACCAGAUUCUUCUUCCGCUCUGUGCAACGUCUGCAGUACUCCCGUGCAUUGUAGCAACUUGCAGCAGCCACGUAAGUAUGGUGUGCCGGCGUGCAUUGCUUGUCGCAAGUUCAUUUCGAAAAUCUCAAAAAACAGCUCAAAUACAUUACUGAAGAACUCACAACUGCACUGCAAGGGAGAUGGUAAUUGCGCACUGCAACCGCAUACAAAAAUUCAUAUUAAGAAUUUCAAAAAGAUCUACAAAGAGCGCUGUACAUCGUGCUGGUUGAAGAAGUGUCUACAAACGUUACAAUUAUCACCGGGUGACAAAUUGAGUUUGAGCGCCGCAUUGCCACAUUCACUACUCAAGCAAGUGGAGGCGAAACGUGAGCGUGACCACGAUGAUGAUGGCGAGCCAGCGGCACGCAAGGAAACCGAUUUGGCUGAUCUCUCACCGACAGGUGGACUCUUUGGGACGGCACGUUUCAACUGGAAGUCCACCUUGGAUGCCACAACGGAGGGUUUGAAAUUGAAUUUGAAAAGUAAUCCACUGGCAGAGAAUAAUGCGACAUUCGGCAGUUCGGCUAUACUGCGGCCGCCAAUACUGGAGAAGCCACUCUUCUUGAAGAGUCCAAUUGAGGCAACGCCGUCAUUGCAGCAGCAGCAGCAGCAACAACAACAGGAGAAGCUCGAAAAAACACACAACAUAAAUAGCAAAAAUGAAGGCAAAGCGCAAGAGCCGGUCGCAGCCGAGAGCAGCACACAGCGCGUGGCGAAGAGCAAGCGCAGAGAGAAAUUGGAGAAGGAGAAAGAGCGGGAAAAAGAAAAGGAACGCGUCUGUAAAGCUCCAGAAAAGGAGAAAGAACGUGACACAAGUCAGCUAAAGUCAGCGGCGAAUAAUAAAGUAACGGUAACUGAGACCGCUACGCAUGCGCUGGCCGUCAACACUAAAUCAGAGACUAAUGAGAUACACACAAGAUCCGCUAAAGCAGCAUCUCUAUCGCCAACAACAACAGCAACUACAACUGCUGCUGGUGCUGGUGCUGCUGCAGAUACAAGUGGCACAGCGUUAGUUGUUAGCAGCACGCAAACGCUUACUGCUACAACAACAACUGGCAGCACAGCCACAACAGCAACCAGUGAGCUGAAGCGCCAGCGUAUCGACUUGAAGGGGCCGCGCGUAAAGCAUGUCUGUCGCAGUGCAUCGAUUGUGCUUGGACAGCCGUUGGCCACCUUUGGCGAAGAAACCGAAGAGGAUGACGAAGACAGACUUACCAUAGCCGAGUGCGAGGUGACUGCGGAAACACAAGCGGACUUAACGCCAGCAGCCGCUAAGCCCGUGGAAAUUGUGAUCGAAAGUAGUAAUGAGGCUACAACCACCACAACAACAUCUGAAACGGCGCCAACGCAAACAAUUCAGCUAACAAAAGAGCUGAUAACAACACAGGAGGCAGAGGAAGCGCUUAAUAAAAAGGCGCUGGCGCAGCAAGCUGAGCCAAUCACGCCGCCUACACAGCCAGAAACUGCGGCGAAACCAAAUGAAAGCGCUAAGGCCGCGACAGUUGGCGAAAGUAGCGCGCUACAGGCUGAACCGAAUGCCGGGCAACCUGCGGCGAAGACGCCGAAAAUCAGCAACGAUGCAUCUGCUGAGAAGAAAGAGAGCAACGCUCUCGAUGAAACAACAAACGACGCAACCGAGAAGGCCUUGUUGCCACUGCAGCCUUCUAAGGCGGUCACACGCAACUCAAACACGAGUAAUAUUAAUUUGCAAAUACAGCGCAGCGCUGUAACGUCCUCCUACGCUACGACUUUUGGCAAAAAGCCGAUACGUCAAAUCAGCAGCGACUCCAACAUAGCAUAUCAACAACAACAACAGCAGUUAUUACGUCGCAAAGAGCCACAAAGACCGAAAACAUUGAUCUCAAUCGAUUUUUGGGAAAACUACGAUCCAGCUGAAGUGUGUCAAAGCGGCUUUGGCUUGAUCGUCACAGAGACAGUAGCACAGCGCGCACUCUGCUUCCUUUGCGGUUCAGCCGGCUUAGAGCCGCUGAUCUUCUGCGCUUGCUGCUGUGAGCCAUAUCAUCAGUAUUGCGUAAUGGAUGAGUAUAAUUUGAAGCAUUCCUCACUGGACGACACCAUGCUCAGCUUCAUGGAUAUUUCGACAAUGGGUCAUAGCACCGCUGCACCCACACCCGAGCAAAUAAAUCAAAUAACAAAUCGCCUUAAUUGGCUCUGUCCCCGUUGUACCGUCUGUUACACGUGCAAUAUGUCGUCCGGUUCGAAGGUGAAAUGUCAGAAAUGUCAAAAGAACUAUCAUUCCACAUGUCUGGGCACUAGCAAGCGUCUGCUGGGCGCCGACCGCCCACUCAUCUGUGUGAAUUGUCUCAAAUGCAAAUCUUGCGCCACAACGAAAGUCUCGAAGUUCGUCGGCAAUCUGCCCAUGUGCACGCCCUGUUUCAAACUGCGCAAACGCGGCAACUAUUGUCCGAUCUGUCAAAAAUGUUACGAUGACAACGAUUUCGAUCUAAAGAUGAUGGAGUGUGGCAACUGCAAUCACUGGGUACAUUCGAAGUGCGAGGGGCUUUCCGACGAGCAAUACAACCUACUAAGCACAUUACCCGAGGCCAUAGAAUUCAUCUGUAAGAAGUGUGCGCGUCGCAACGAAGACUGCAAAAUGAAGGCGGCCGAAUGGCGCAUGGCCGUAUCGGAGGAGUUCAAGAGUAGUUUAAUGAGCGUGCUGAAGUUGUUGAGCAAGUCGCGACAAGCGUGUGCGCUACUUAAAUUAAGUCCGCGCAAAAAAAUGCGUUGCGUUUGUGGCAAUAGCACAGCGCAGUCCAGUCAUCGCGCACAGCCGAAGAGUCUUCAAUUCAGCAGUGAGGCCGAGCGCUUGUCACACUCGUUAUCGGGUAGCGAUGGUGAUUCUCAAUGCAGCGAUGUCUAUGAAUUCAAGGAUAAACCCAGUGAUGAUAAGCUGCAAGACAAAUGUACUUGCCAGCUAAAGACGUCCAGCUACAGUAGUGUAUAUGGUAAUAGCAACGCGCAAAUAAGCACUCUUAGUCUAAUGGAUAUUAAGAAGAAAAUCAACAAUAACGACUAUGUUUCACUAGCCGAAUUCAAUUACGACAUGAUCAAUGUCAUACAGAGUGUGAACUGUGAUGAAUUGGUAAUUGCAUACAAUGAAAUAUUGAGUGAGCAAUUCCCAUGGUUUCAAAACGAGACCAAAGCCUGCACCGACGCGCUCGAAGAGGAUAUGUACGAAUCCUGCUCCUAUUCAAUGGGCAAUUCAAUGGAUGCACAAGACGAUUUCGUCGAAGAAGCGCACAAUCGUUCGGUCAUAGAUCUGCCCGAAGAUAUCGAAGAGGUGUUGUACUCGCUGAAACCGCGUGACGAUCUGCGUACCUGCCUUUUUUGUCGCAAAUCCGGCGAGGGUCUCUUCAACGAAGAAUCACGUCUACUCUAUUGCGGUCAUGAUUGCUGGGUACACACGAACUGUGCCAUGUGGUCGGCAGAGGUGUUUGAGGAAAUCGAUGGCUCUUUGCAGAAUGUGCACAGCGCCAUUGCGCGCGGACGUAUGAUAAAGUGCACCGUUUGUGGUGGACGUGGCGCGACAGUCGGUUGCAAUGUGAAAUCGUGCGGUGAACAUUAUCACUACUCAUGCGCGCGCAACAUCGCCUGCGCGUUUCUCACCGAUAAGUCAGUUUACUGUCCGGAGCACGCGCGCAAUGCGUUACUUAGCAAUUCGUCAUUGACAAUUGAGACGAAUUUCGAAGUGGCGCGUCCGGUCUAUGUGGAACUAGAUCGUAAACGUAAGAAACUGUUGGAGCCCAGCAAAGUACAGUUUCAUAUCGGCUCGCUAGAAGUUAAGCAGUUGGGCAGUGUCUUUCCACGUUUCUCCGAUACCUAUGAGGCUAUUAUACCGAUCAACUUUAUCUGCUCACGUUUAUACUGGUCCUUUAAGGAACCAUGGAAGGUCGUCGAGUAUACGGUGCGCACAGUUGUACAAAAUAACUAUUCUACAUUGGCUACUCUCGAUGCUGGUCGCAACAUUACGGUGGAUCAUAGCAAUCCGAAUAUUUCACUGGUACAACUGGGCCUGGCGCAAAUCGCGUGUUGGCAUGGCAGUCUGGCGCGUGGUGAGUUGACGGAUUUUGACGCAGCCGAGUUGCGUAAUUCAACGCUGACAAAAUUGCUGCCCGAGUACUUAAUACAGAGUCAAAAUUCUUACCCAGCGCCAGAUGAAAAUACCGAGGAAGAACCGCAAACGAAUGCCGACUUGUUGCCGCCGGAGAUUAAAGAUGCCAUUUUCGAGGAUCUACCACACGAUUUGCUCGACGGUAUUUCAAUGCUUGAUAUCUUUCCGAAAUGUAUGAUUUACGAGGAGAUGUGCGGCACAAGUGAAGGCAGAACAGCCGAGAUGUAUCUGAAUGAACAAUCGAAAGAUGGCGCUGCUAACUCAACGACAGUUACUGUCGCCUUAUCUACAUCAAAUGCCGCCCAUAGUGGUAAUUGUAGCGCCUCUAGCGCACAGGUAUCGGAUGAGGAUACGGCGAAUUCGUCGCUCAGCAAACAAUUGGAGCUCAGCAAUUCUUGUUCAUCCACCAAUACCAACAUAGCCAUAGGUCAUGUGGAGGACGCGCUAUUGUCGUGCACACGCGCCACAAGCACACAGUUGAAGCGUGCAAUGUGCGCUUCAGAGUUACAACGCAGCACCGCCGAAUUACGCAAGAAAACCUUCAGCAAGUUUGAAAGUGCCAGCACAGCCGCUGCAGCUGCGGCGAUUAAAAAGCGCAAACUCAACAAGGGUCUACCCGAGCUACGCCUUACGGAGAGCAUACUACAGAGUCUGACUCAGCAUCGCACAAAGAAGGACAAUGCAACAAUUGCUGUGAGCGCUUCACGUCGCCAGUCGGUUUCGAGCGAAUCGGAAUGUGCCACAACGCUACGCACCAAACAAUUUACAUGGAGCGCCGCUAAGCGUUACAUAGAGCCGCACAUAAUCGACGAAAAGGAUGACACAAAAAUUAAGUUGAUGCAAGUCGACGGUGUAGAUGACUCGAUUACCGAGUACCGCAUCAUCACUAGUGACGCGCAAUUCACCGGCACUGUCAAGUGUGAACGCUGUCAAUGCACCUACCGCAACUAUGAGUCCUUUCAGCGUCAUCUUGCCACCUGUGAACCGCUCUCGACCAGUGAAUCCGAAUCCGAGGCCACCUCACGCUCGCCAGGUUCAACAACAAACGGUAGUCCACCGCUGGCCGGCAUGGAUGCCAACAUUGAUCUGAGCAAAUUGGGGCAGGCACAACGCACAACUACGCUCACCAGCAGCGCCAAUAGUUUGCCCUUUCUGCAAGCCUUCUCGCAGGCCAUACCAAUCGGCAGCAUACAAGCGAAUAUUAAUGGCAUACCUAUAGCGAAUAUGAGCAAUGGUUUUCAGAGCGUACAGGGACUACAGAAUAUACAGACCUUACAAAAUAUACAGGGCUUACAGAAUAUACAAUUGCAAAGCUUGCAAACGCCACAGCCACUUGGCGGCGGUUUCUUCAUUUCACCGGCAAAUCCAACCACAUCAACCACCGAUGAAGUACAGCUGUUGAAUUCGCUACAAGGCUUGACGGCAAAUUUAAAUGGCACAUACACCUUGGCGCCCACUGCUGGCUUUGGCACCACCACGGUACAGGCAGCGCAACAGCAGCCGCAGCUGAUUGCCGUAUCCUCGUCACCCGAUGGCACACAACAGAUCAUACAGCUACCUUCGGGCGUCACAACACAAUCGAUGACCAAUCAACCGCUGCUGCAUGGACUCAACGCUUUCCAGACACUGCAGACGACAAGUGGCGACAAGAAAAUUGUACUGCCAAUUGCGAGCGGCAAACCGUUAAAAACUGUUGCCACAAAAUCGGCGCACCAAACAGCCACAGCCGUUAAGAAUAAGCUGAAGGCCAACGGCAAUACCGUAAAACCGAUACAGUCAAAGUUGAACACAACCACUGUAACGGUUUCACAACCCUCCAUGCAGUCGUUGCCCACAGCUACGCCCAUCACAGUGCUGAACACCGGCAACAACGCCACACAAUUGCUCAAUCAGAAUUUACUACAACAAAUGCAGGCUGCCGGCUUGACGGCCGCCACCACCACCGCCCAACAGCCGCAGCUGCUCUUUCAAAGCGGCAACGGGCAACAGCAGCCGAUCGUCAUGCAACAGCUGAGUGCACCGAAUGCUACGGUGCCACAGAACAUCAUUUCGUUUGUAACGACCGAUAGCACACAAACGCCGCAAGUUCAAUAUAUGACCAUACCCACAGCUAAUGAUUUUAAACCACAAACACAGGCGACACCAUUUAUAACAGCAACCGCAACAGCGGCGCCGGCGAAUCAGUUUUUACAAGGAGCAUUUCUGCAAACCGACGCCAGCGGUAAUCUGAUGCUUACCACUACUCAAACACCGACCGGCUUGCAAAUGCUCUCUGCUACACCGUUAAAUAUAGCGACCGCAACGCAGGCGCCCCCGCAACCGCAAGUGAUCGGUACGCUGAUUAAUCCGCAAACGCUGCAAUUGGGCGGCAAUGUUAUAGCGACAACAACCGAUCCACAACAACAGCAACAGGUGAUAAUUGGUGGCGGUGCGACAGGAUUGGAGAUGAUAGCCGCAUCGAAUGCGGCCGCACCACAAGUCAUACUCUCCACCCAACCCAUGUACUAUGGAUUGGAGACGAUUGUGCAGAAUACGGUAAUGUCGUCACAGCAAUUCGUGUCCACCGCCAUGCAAGGUGUGCUCAGUCAGAAUGCCAGCUUCUCAGCGACCACCACACAAGUUUUCCAGGCCAGCAAAAUCGAACCCAUCGUGGAUAUACCAACUGGAUAUGUUGUACUCAACAAUGUCGAUACGACGCCAUCAAUCGUACAACAACAACAACAAGCUACAACACAACAACCGAAUUUCCUUAAUGCUGCUGCGGUAAUACAACAACAACAACAAGCACAGCAGCAGCAGCAAACCACACAAAGCAGUGAAUUGCAAAGUAACGAACAACAACAACAGCAACAACAAAUAUUCCGCCUACAAACAACCGAGAAUAGCGUCUCAGCCACAGUGACAGCCGCGACCGUUACACCAACUGUGACCGCUUCAAGUUUCCACUUCCAGCCACAAUUGGUUGAACAGCAGCAGCAACAACCGCAACACCAGCCACAACAAUCAAACAAUAAUGUGCACGUUGUUACAGCAAAGGUGCCACCUGUUGCGCAGGUGAAACGCAACAACGCAGCAAAGGCCACAACAAUGUCGACCGUUACGAAGGUGCAGCCGCAGCAAGUGGUGAAUAAGGUGUUGCCUACCACAAUGACGCAAUCCACGCAGCAGGCGUCCAAAUUGGGUAACAACAACAAGGCGCAACAACAACAACAACAACAGGCGUAUGCACGAAACAUCGCAGCGGCUAAUGCGGCAGCAACCGCCACAGCCACAGCGUCGGCGGCGGCGGCAACAGCAGCAGUUGAGGCGCAUAUCACGCUGACGCCAGUAACAAAAGCAGCAACACCGCAGCAAUCCAACAGUGUUGCUUACACCAAAGUGUCCAACCACACCGACACGCCAGCCGUGUCCAUGUUUGUAACAUCCGUUACUACAACAACAACGACGAGCAACAUCAAUCAGGCGACAACGGUGAAGGCCUUGCCCAGCGUGCCGGCAACAGUCACAACAGCAGCGCGCAAAACUAACCUGAUCCGACCAAUUACCGCCAAUAAGGCGGAGGUGAAGCCGAAGGUGAUUAAGACGGCUGCAAGCACAGUGAACAAACAGCAACAACAACAACAACAGUCAACGCAGUCACAACUGUUGCAGCAGCAACAGCAACAGUUGCAACAACCGCAGCAGCAGCAGCAGCAGCAAUCGCAAACGCAGCAAGCACCCGCACAGCAAGCGACGAAAAUGGCGAUGCUUAAACCGCAACCACAAACAGCGCAAGUGUGUUUGCCAAAACCACAGCAACAGCAGCAGCCAAUACAACAACAGCAACAGCAGUCACAAUUGCAGGCACCACAGUUCGCGACGGAGCCGAGUCAUAAUCUGACGCCACCCGCUGUGCCAGCGUCAACCAUGCCAGUGCCACGCGGCAACAGCAACAGCAACGGCAAUAACAGCAACAAAUUGCUGGAAUACCAGCAGCCAGCCACAGCGUUGCAGUCACAACAUUUCGCCGAAGCGCCAGUAGUGCCACAACAACCGUACAACAAUGCGCCCACAACUAUGUACAACAGUGGCGGUGUUGCACCGGAGGAGCAACAUCCCCCAGCGCCGCACCUAACCAACGGUAAUAUGACGCACAGCUACGACUGUAGCCAUCAGCAGCAGCAGCCGCAGUUGCCACACACGCAACAAAUUGAGUUUAAUAGUCUCAGUUUGGAGCAGGUGGAGAGUUUUCCGCCGCCCACGCCGCAGCAACAACAGCCACAUGAGCAGGAGAACAGCAUUUUGGCAGCAGCGCACACCAACACUAAUGCAACGCUAGCGAGCAUUGUCAACAGCAACAGCAACAACAGCAAUGCGCGUUGUCUGCAAUACACGAAUUCGGCGUUCGGGAACGUCAAUGUGCCGACGAAUAUCGUUAAUCCCUUGCAACAAACACUGCAAUACAACAACAACAACAAUAACAACGGUGGUAAUGGUAACGCCACGACAACAACAAUGGGUUCCCGUCCAACAAAUCGUGUGUUACCCAUGCAGCAACGGCAAGAGCACAUAGUCGCUACAACGCCGCCGCUACAAGUGAAGCCGCCCACCGGCGUCAUGCCGAAGAUGUCCGUUAUGAACGCGGUGGACGCCAAGUGCUAUGACAACAGGAACGCGGUGAACAGCGCCAAGAUCUUCUAUGAGGCCGAGGUGAAGAAAGAUGAGCAAAUGCUGCACAUGCUGCACUCCCCGCAACACCACCACCAGCAGCAACAACAGCAGGUAAUGCAAAUGCAGCUGCAUGAGACGCACCAAGAAUCCGCGAUCAUGAUGAAGUCGCUAUCGCCUGAGGCGCACUUCGUCGACGACAGCAUCAAGUGUGACUUGGACCUAAUCGAAACCGAGACCACGCUGUCGACGACUUGCCAACAGUUGCAGGAAAUGGUGCACAACAAUUUGCCGCGCUACACCGGUACCUGUCUGGUAGCAAAUGAAAAGCCCAAAGAGCUAACACCCACACCGGAGGAGGCGUAUGCGCUCAAUGGCCAUGUGGAUGCUUUGGCUGGCAGUGAUAUAUGUGAGCAUGAUGGUGAUUGUAUGGACGACAUGGAUGAUGAUGAGGACGACGAUGAGGAGGAUGAGGACGAAGACGAUGAUGGUUUUAGCUUGAAAAUGCCCACAGAAGAUGACGAUCACGACAUGUCCGAUAGUGAUGAGCCCGCUGUGAAAGAAAAAAUUAGCAAAAUACUCGAUAAUUUAACGAAUGAAGACUGUGCUGACUCACUGGCCACCGCCACAACAGCGGAAGCCACCAAUAUUGAGUUGAAUAACGUCAGCUACCUAAGCGGCAUGCCAGGCGUCAGCGCCAAAAUGGCUGCCGACACUAUUAAGUAUCAGAGUGGCAUGCGCAACAACUACAUAACAAAUGUAAGCGCGGAUGACACUGCCGAUGUGGCAGCAGCCGCUACGGAAUAUAUCACACAAAUGGCCGCCAAGAUGAGCGCACACAUGCCAAAUGGCUCGCUCGAGGUGAUAGGCACUAAUUUCGAUUUGCAGAAACUCGCGCCUAAAGUACUACCGUCAAUGGCUAUGAUUACGAACGCAAACCACAAUGCUGCGCGGCAAUGUGACGAAGUAGAGCGCGCCGGCGCACAGGCCGCACCCACACAAGAGCCUGUACUGGCGACGCGCAAACCAACACCACCGCCGCCGCCACCGCAACGUGAUCCGAAGAAAGUCAGCGGCCCACACUUGCUAUAUGAAAUACAAAGCGAGGAUGGCUUCACCUAUAAAUCCAGUUCGAUUGCCGAUAUUUGGGAGAAAGUUUUCGAGGCAGUGCAGGUGGCGCGUCGUGCGCACGGCUUAUCGCCGUUGCCAGAGGGUCCACUCGCCGAUAUGGCCGGUGUGCAAAUGAUGGGUCUGAAGACGAAUGCGUUGAAGUAUCUAAUUGAACAGUUGCCGGGCGUAGAGCGUUGCACCAAAUAUACGCCAAAAUACCAUAAGCGCGCAACAACAAAUACGCAUACAGGCGCACCAAGUGGCGGCGCAUCAGCGGCGGCAGGCAAUAACUCUGCGUUGCUGAGCGCGACGCUCGCUGGCAGCAAUAUUGAUCUGAAUGGUUCACUUGACUAUGCGUCCGAUCCGGAUGAGCUGCAGGAGAAUCCAUACGAUUCUGCGCGCUGCGAACCGUAUGCGACGCGCUCCGAAUACGAUAUGUUCAGCUGGUUGGCAUCCAGACAUCGCAAACAGCCCAUACAGGUGUUUGUGCAGCCCUCCGACACUGAGCUCAUACCAAGACGCGGCACGGGCAGUAAUCUACCAAUGGCUAUGAAAUAUCGUACGCUCAAGGAAACCUACAAAGAUUAUGUUGGCGUCUUCCGCUCGCACAUACAUGGACGCGGUCUCUACUGCACAAAAGACAUCGAAGCAGGCGAAAUGGUUAUUGAAUAUGCUGGCGAAUUGAUACGUUCCACUUUAACCGACAAGCGUGAACGCAACUACAAUAGUCGUGGCAUUGGCUGCUAUAUGUUUAAGAUUGACGAUAACUUGGUGGUGGACGCAACUAUGCGCGGCAAUGCGGCGCGUUUCAUAAAUCACUCUUGUGAGCCCAAUUGCUACUCCAAGGUGGUGGAUAUACUCGGACAUAAACACAUAAUUAUAUUCGCCUUGCGGCGCAUCGUACAAGGCGAAGAGCUGACCUAUGAUUACAAAUUUCCAUUCGAGGAUGAGAAGAUACCCUGUUCCUGUGGUUCCAAGCGUUGCCGAAAGUACUUAAAUUGAAAUGUUAUAAAGAAAACGAAAUAUCUGUAAUAGAACAAUAACAAAAAAAAAAAUGCAAAAGUGCUUGGACCAUUUCAAAGCCC